AUGGGUGAAAUUAAUAUUCCAUGGAGCGCACUUCCGCUAGAGGCAGACAAUAAGACUAACAUCCCCAGCAUCCAGAGCAUCGCUCUCAUCCUGGCCCCCAUUAUCGUCCCCCGAAUUAUAAACUCCAUCCGCUAUAUCCGCGUCCAAUUAUCGUCGCGGCCAAACCCUCGACCCCUCCCACCCGUCGCCUCCAGAGCCCUAAAUGUCCUCUUCUGUUCGAUCCUCGUCUUCCUGACCCUAAGCUUCCCCUCGAACCCAUUCGCGCCGAGCCCAAGCAUCUUUACGCUCACGCGCUCGCGGAUAACCACGUCGCUGGAGACGGUAUUCUCGCGACUAGCGCGCUUGAGGCCUGGGGGUGUGCUUACAGAUGCAGAUGUGCUGCUCCGGUCAAAGCUUGUGUCCAAAGAGGCGCGGAGGAUUUAUCUACGGUUCGGGGAGCGGGCAUUGACGGAGUGUCGAUUUUGCAGGCUUGAUAAUCCGAACACUUACGCCUUAUUUUAUUACCCGGCUAACGCAAUGAUUCCGCAUCUACUGCAUAUGGCCGUUGUUGGAAUUGCGACUUCUACAUCGUUUGCGGGGAGAGAGGCGGGCAGAUGGCGGAACAAGUUUACGAUUGCGGGAUUGAUCCUCGCAGCGCUGGACACUUAUGUCGUGUUCAUGUAUGACCCUGUCAAAUCGGGGUCCGACGCUGUACGGGAUGGGAUUGAGGUCCCGACUGCGCUGUUCCAGAGGAUGGCUGUAUUGAGGCCGCUGGUUUUGGCCUGCUUCGAUGUUGUCCUCGCGGGCUUUAUCUACGUGUCUGCUACGAAUAGGUGGUUCUUUACGCCGCCCAACCAGGCAGACGAGGUCGAUAAAAUCGUGGCGGCGUCGUUGGCGUCUCUGACCGGUGCGAGCUCGAAGUUGCACGCUGUGAGUGUGACGAGGAAUGCGGUCGUGCGGGAUCGGGUGUUGAAGGACCGGGAUGAUGCGUACUGGCAGACGGUGGUCGCUAUGGAUGGGCAAGGCAGUUCGGGGGCCCCGUUGGACGUUUGGGAGGAGGAAGAGGUCGUGCGGGCAAUGUCGCGGGCGAUGGCCGGGCAAGGAGGAGUCGACCUUGCUAAGCUGGGAGUCAGUGCGGCGGAGUACGUGAACGGGGUAACAGCGGGGUUGGAACAGGAAAGCUUAUAG